GAGGAGUAUAGUUAAAUAUCAACUUGACAUUCACCCCAGCCCUCCUCUGGUUAGCAGCCUAACUGGGAGGAGGCUCCUCCUGUCAGUCACAACCAGGCUCCUCAUGGCCUCCUCCUCCGGAGCUCUGGAGGAGAGACUGUCCCCAUCGCAUACUCAGAGGUAUCUCUAUCUACUUUUAUGAGGAGGAGCUUGGCCAAAUAUGGGAGAAGGGGGAGGAGGGGUGCAGGGGGGGCACUUAGCCUCUUGGACAAAUCUUUUUCCCCACUGUCAGGUAGCUGAGAGGGAAUUUGUUUGUCCAAAGAACUAGUAGACAUGGAUAUGGCAGACUAUAGCGAUGCCCUGGACCCAGCCUAUACCACCCUGGAGUUUGAAAACAUGCAAGUGCUCUCCAUGGGCUCAGACUCCUCGCCGGCUGAGAGUGCCAACAUGAAUGCCGCCAACCACCUCGGAGCGGGCACCCUGUGUGCCAUCUGUGGGGACAGGGCCACGGGCAAACACUACGGGGCCUCCAGCUGUGACGGCUGCAAAGGCUUCUUCCGUCGGAGCGUUCGCAAAAACCACAUGUAUUCAUGCAGGUUCAGCAGACAGUGCAUUGUGGACAAAGACAAGAGGAAUCAAUGCAGAUACUGUCGAUUGAAGAAAUGCUUUCGAGCUGGCAUGAAAAAAGAAGGUAUACAAUUCAUUCAACUUCAUUCAAAUGCUGUACAAAACGAGAGAGACAGAAUCAGCACUAGGAGAUCUAGUUAUGAAGACAGCAGUUUACCAUCUAUCAAUGCACUUAUCCAGGCAGAUGUACUCUCAAGACAGAUAUCCUCACCUGGACCUAUACUGAAUGGUGACAUCAGGACAAAAAAGGUAGCGACCAUCACAGAUGUGUGUGAAUCUAUGAAACAGCAGCUGCUGGUGUUGGUGGAAUGGGCCAAGUACAUCCCUGCCUUCUGUGACCUGCCCCUGGAUGACCAGGUGGCAUUGCUGCGAGCCCAUGCAGGAGAGAAUCUUCUGAUUGGAGCUGCAAAGAGGUCUAUGUUGUACAAGGACCUCCUGUUACUAGGAAAUGACCACAUUAUUCCCCGGAACUGCCCGGAGAUGGAAGUGUGCCGGGUAGCAGUGAGGAUUCUGGACGAGCUAGUGCUGUCCUUCCAGGAACUCCAGAUAGACGACAAUGAAUUUGCUUGUUUGAAAGCCAUUGUUUUCUUCGAUCCAGAUGCCAAAGGUCUGAGUGACCCAGGUAAGAUCAAGCGGAUGCGGUACCAGGUUCAGGUCAGCCUAGAGGACUACAUCAACGACCGGCAGUAUGACUCCCGGGGACGCUUCGGAGAGCUGCUCCUGCUGCUGCCCACACUACAGAGCAUCACCUGGCAGAUGAUUGAACAGAUACAGUUUGUCAAACUCUUUGGCAUGGCCAAGAUUGACAACCUGCUCCAAGAGAUGCUCUUAGGAGGUUCUGCUACUGAGGCACCUCACACACCUCACUCUCUGCAUCCACAUCUGGUUCAGGAACACCUCAGCAACAAUGCCAUCGUUUCAAGCAACAUGGCUACUUCCAUCCACAAUGGCCAAAUCUCCACUCCUGGAACCCCAAUCCCCUCUCCUCCCACAGUCUCCAGUCCAGAACACUAUAAAAUGGCUCAAGGGGUUAUAGCCACUGUGCCCAAGCAUCCUAUCUCCAUCCCUCAGCUCACCAUCACCAAGCAAGAAGCAAUCUAACACAGAACUGGAGCCCACAAACCCAUCCAACAAAGCAUUUACAAUUUUACCAUCUUUACUAGCAUAUGUUUCUCUGUAAACAUGCUCAGUAUAAAGGUGCAACAACAAUUCUCAUUAGUGAGAAAUACAUAUUUUUCAAAAAUCUCAGGGAGUGUACUGUACAGUUGGGAUACAUUAGUAAACAAAUCCCCAGCUGAGGUACAGUACCUAUGGUAGGCCUACUCAUAUUAUUUUAUGUAGUAUCAAGCUGAAAUUGCAAACGGCUAGAACAACCUCAUUCAUGGGCAGUUUGAUACAGUAUGCUAUUUGACAUACAGCACCAGUCAAAGGUUUGGACACACCUACUCAUACAAGGGUUUUUCUUUAUUUAUACUAUUUGCUACAUUGUAGAAUAUUAGUGAAGACAUCAAAACUAUGACAUAACACAUAUGGAAU